AUGGAUAUUCCAAAGCUUUAUAUAGUUGUUAAUAUGUAUGUCUUAUUUUUGUCUCUUGUUUUGGCUGAUCUUGACGUUGAUCACAACAUCAAAAUGUCAUUUCUUAAACCAUCAAUGCCUACUCCGCAUUCAAGACCUAGUCGACCUCCACCACUAUCUCCUUCAAAUUUGAAUAUUGGAAUGUUGGCAAAAGGGUCUACACCGCCAUCAGAAUCAGGUGGACCUCCACCACUAUCUCAUACAAAUUUGAAUUUUGGAACGUUGUCAAAAGGGCCUACUCCGCCAUCAGGGCCUAGUGGACCUCCACCACUAUAUCUGAAUUUUGGAACGUUGCCAAAAGGGUCUACUCCGCCUUCAGGACCUAGUGGACCUCCACCACCAUUUCUUGUAAAUUUGAAUUUUGGAACGUUGCCAAAAGGACCUACUCCCCCAUCAGGACCUAGUGGACCUCCACCACUAUCUCUGAAUUUUGGAACGUUGCCAAAAGGGUCUACUCCUCCAUCAGGACCUAGUGGACCUCCACCACUAUCUACUGCAAAUUUGAAUUUUGGAACGUUGCCAAAAGGGCCUACUCCGCCAUCAGGACCUAGUGGACCUCCACCACUAUAUCUGAAUUUUGGAACGUUGCCAAAAGGGCCUACUCCGCCUUCAGGACCUAGUGGACCUCCACCACCAUCUCUUGUAAAUUUGAAUUUUGGAACGUUGCCAAAAGGACCUACUCCCCCAUCAGGACCUAGUGGACCUCCACCACUAUCUACUGCAAAUUUGAAUUUUGGAACGUUGCCAAAAGGACCUACUCCCCCAUCAGGACCUAGUGGACCUCCACCACUAUCUACUGCAAAUUUGAAUUUUGGAACGUUGCCAAAAGGACCUACUCCCCCAUCAGGACCUAGUGGACCUCCACCGCUAUCUCUUGCAAACUUGAAUUUUGGAACAUUGCCAAAAGGGUCUACUCCGCCAUCAGAAUCUAGUCGACCUCCACCAAUAUCUCAUGCAAAUUCAAAUUUUGGAAUGUUGCCAAAAGGGUCUGAUCCACCAUCAGGACCUAGUGGUCCUCCACCACUAUUUUCUGCAAAUUUAAAUUUUGGAAUUUUGCCAAAAGGUCCUACACCGCCAUCGGGACCUAGUCGACCUCCACUACUUCAUCUUUAA